UGACGCAUUUUCCGCCAAGAUGGUUGUCGGUGCCUUUCCGAUUGCAAAGCUGCUCUAUCUGGGCGUGCGACAAUUGAGCAAACCAUUGGCUAAUAGGAUAAAAGCAGGCGCGCGGAGAAGUGAAUUCUUUAAAAACUAUAUCUGCCUUCCUCCGGCUCAAGCAUAUCACUGGGUCGAGAUGAGGACAAAGAUGAGAAUUAUGGGUUUCCGUGGCUCCACCAUCAAACCCCUGAAUGAAGAGGCGGCUGCGGAGCUCGGAGCUGAGCUGCUCGGCGAAGCCAUCAUUUUUGUCAUCGGUGGAGGCUGCAUGGUGCUGGAGUACAGCCGUCAAGCGGCAAACUCUAGAAGAAAAGAAGAGGAGCUCGCACAAUCCAUAACCAGCCUGCAGACACAACUAGGAGAGCUGGCCCUCACCACAGAGACACUGGAUGCCCAGAUCAGAGAGGUUAAUAGACUUCUGUUGUCUCUUCCAGCAGCCCCAAGUUCCAAAUAACAGUGUGCAUCACUGAAUUAGGCCCUUUCUGAGGAGGAUAAACAGACUUGUCAAUAGGGACUGGCAUCAGUUGUGGUGCAGCACUGCCAUAUACACACAUACAAAGUCUUGCUUAAAGGUAUAGUUCUUCCCAAAAUUAACAUUUUUACUCACUCUGCACUUGUUCCAAACCUGUUUGAGUUGUUGAACACAAAGGAAGACAUUUUGAAGGCAGUUACCACUGACUUCCAUAGUAUUUAUUUUCUUGUUAUUAUGGUGUCAAUGAGUACAGGUUUCCAACAUUCUUCAAAAUAUCUUAAUUUGUGUUCAAAAUAAGCAAGAAAUUCAAACGUGUUUAGAACCACUUAAAGGCGAUUACACUCAAAAAUUGCUGCUUGUUCAAACUACUUAUUUAAAAUGAGCUAAAUCAACACAAUUUUGGAGUCUUUUUGGGAUAACUUAAUUGUUUAAAAAAAUUAAGUUCAAUCAACUUAAGUUUGUAAAAACGAUUAAGUUAACUUAAUUCAUGUGUAAUUGGUAAGUAAAAUGAGUUUAUUUUUGGGUGAACUAUAGCUUUAAGUCUUCUUACACAGACAGUUAUAAAAAUAGAAAGAAACAGAAAAUGAGUAAUAAGGCUGUGCAGGAUGAAUGUUGGCCAGUAGGAUGGCAUAACAUUAUUACUCAUUACUGAUUGGUUGAAUGAAUGUGUUAUCAAUCAUUCUUUGAUGACAUAGUUAAACCAUUGCAUUAUUUGACCACUCAUCAUUCUGCAAAGUUCAGUUUGAGCGUUUCUUUAUAACAUUUCAGUGAUUUUUUUUUUUUUUUUUUUCUUUCACCAAAAUAAAUUGCCUCAAUUUACAGAGAGUGAACUUUAAUUUGAGCUUAUAUGUAAUAAGAUUUUGAAGCUGGGCUUAUUGAUCAUCUGAACAUGCGCUUUGUCAAUACUUGAUUGACAAUAUUCAUAUGGUAAAUAUGGAUGUGUUACUCCGCAUAGGAAACAGAGAGCUUGUCUCACUGUGUGUGCUAUGAGAAAAUCCCCAUUGCAUUAAAAGACUGCUGUGUUUAAUAUGGCACGUGUAUAUGGGUGUAUAUGUAUCAUUGUAAAAUAAAGUGAAAUAUUCUUGAUUAUAUUAAAAUUGUGAAAACA